AUGCGGGUUCCGUGCCUCCUUCGGCCGCUUCUCGGAUGGUUCUUCGGUCUUUCGAUCCUGUUCUCGGCUCUUUUCGGUAAUUACAUCAUCACUCUGUUUCUGGCUAUUCCUAUUCUUGGCAAGCACAAACUAUGGCGCAAUCUGAUGGAUCGUGCCAUCUCCUAUUGGAUGAUGAUUCCGAUGGUAUGUCGUCGCCGUCUGCGUCUUCCAAUCUCUCGCCGCGCCAAUUACCGUAACACAAAAGCUCGUAUCUUAAUUGAAUAAUUGAAAUGCGCAAAUAUUCUGUAGAUUCUACUAGACAGAUGAUGUAUGUUUACUUUUCGAGGUCACUUUUGCCUCGUCUCCAGACGGCGCGCGCGCUCGUAAAUUUUUUGAAUUUGCUUUGUUUCAUCAUCGUCUGCGCCUCGUCUUCUUGCCUCUUUUCGCCGCUGCACGAGGACAUGUGUCUCGGUCGGGGGACGGCGUCCUUUUGAUGAAUAAUAUCUAACCGCAAACAUUGAUCAGGGAGCGAAAGAGACUGAAUUCAAAACGGAAAUAGAAGUGAACAUUCUUUUUUCAGGGGCUGCUCGAGUUUGCGAUGGGUGUGCGGGUGCGGGUCAGCGGCGACGAGAUUGAGUUCGGACGACCUGCUCUUAUUGUAAUGAAUCAUCGAACGAGGUGAGCAGCCUUCCCGGAGCCACCCGGACGGAAUUGUUCCCUUCCAGACUCGACUGGAUGUACAUGUGGUGCGCUCUGUAUCAGAUCAACCCGUGGCUCAUCACUUCCAACAAGAUUUCCCUGAAAGCGCAGCUGAAAAAGCUGCCCGGCGCCGGAUUCGGAAUGGCCGCCGCUCAAUUCGUGUUUCUCGAAAGGAACGCCGAAGUGGACAAGAAGUCGUUCGACGACGCCAUCGACUACUUCAAAAACAUAGAGAAACCCUAUCAGGUACUUUUGGGAAAUAAUUUCAGUCACACAUGUCAACGGAUUGUGCUCCAGAUUCUUCUCUUUCCGGAAGGCACUGACAAAUCCGAAUGGACGACGCUGAAAAGCCGCGAAUUCGCGAAGAAAAACGGACUCCGACACUUGGAGUACGUGCUCUAUCCGAGAACGACCGGCUUCCUCCACCUCAUCAAUAAGAUGCGAGAGAGUGAGUUUUUGUUUUCGAAUCUCAGCAUUUCAACAUUUAAACUCAUAAUUUUGUAGAAGAAUACGUGGAUUACAUCUACGACAUCACAAUCGCCUAUCCCUACAAUAUUGUGCAGUCUGAGGUGGAUCUGGUUGUGAAAGGGGCGAGUCCUCGAGAAGUUCAUUUCCACAUUCGCAAAGUUCCCAUUUCGCAAGUGCCAAUCAACGAAACAGAUGCCAGUCGGUGGCUCACAGAGUAAGAGCAGCCAAAUAAAGAAAAAUAGCAUUUUUUUUACAGUCGCUGGACGAUUAAAGAGCAACUUCUCCAUGAUUUCUACAGCGAAGAACAGCCGAUAAACAGGAGGUUCCCCGUUGAACGAGGCGAUGGAGUUUGGCGUAGUGUGAGCCUUCGAAUCUUCAAUAGAAUCUUGUUCAACACGAAAUUUCAGUGGAAAGAACCUCGACGACACUUCUACGUCAAAGUGACGGCUCUUCUGUUUGGUUAA